GAGUCCUAUAAUCUAUCCUUCAGUCUACGUAUUCUGUUCAGCCCAGCUUCUUGCCAUGUCACUAAACGUCUGGAAGGAUGUCUCACCUGAAUCGAUACAGGAGCAAGUCAGUAUUUCAUUGUUGAUCACUCACCUCAUCAGCGGAUGCAGCAUCUGGGACUUUCUUGUAUUUCUCCCAAGGGACUGGGAGAUCUUCAAGCAUCGUACGUGCUGUCGGUGGGGGAUGUUAGCCCUCUACGCUGGCUGCCGAUACCUCGGUUUCGUGGCUAUGGCCGCUACUCUUGUAUUCGUCGACAUGUUUCCCACGAACUUCAACAGGAAUCUAGGUACAGCCUUUCAAAUGUUAUCGUUGGUGUCGCUAGGGACAGCCUUCACCGUUCUCUCUUUGCGGAUUGCCUUGGCACUCUCUCAAGCCGUUAUGUGGGCCGUAGCCUUUGCUUCAUUUCCUCGAAUACCCACUGUUUGGCAGGAUAAGUCUGAUCAUAUAAUGGUCUCAACCGUGUUAAUCAUAUUAUCUACGGAACUCCUUCUCCUUGGCGUCAUCGGACCGAGCACACGCAGGUUUCGCGCUGAUCACCAUUUGACUUCGCAAGGCCACACCAAAUCUCGGCGAGUAGCAGCGUAUCCUCAGUUGCUCUACCAACAAGGUAUUCAUUACUUCGCCAUCGUCUGGGCAGCAUACCUCCCAGCUGUAGUGUUCGACUGUAUGGCAAUUGAUUUGACUGGAUUACUACGGUUUACAAUACAGUAUGUUGCCUUCUGUACGACUGUUGUUUGUGCUUGCAAGGCCUUCCGUGACAUGAUGAUUUCUGGCGCUUGCCCCACUCAUGAAUUUCUUGCAGUAUGGCGACACUUCACCGGUAGGCAUAUUCGCCAUUCCAAUGGCCACGCAAAAGCUAGAAAUCAAGUGAACAUUCCGCUCAAUGUCCUGUCGCCUCGAGGCAAAGAGCACUCGGACAUUGUCACAAGUCCCAUAAACGCCCCUGCCCCCGGUGGAUAUCUUAUUGGGAAGUGACCAACGCGAAAAGAACGCAUGGGACCACUAUGCAACGGAGACUUCUCAGGGCU